AUGGGCAACCAAUCUUCCACCCCCUCGGACGAAACACCAAAAGAUGCACCAGCAGACCAACCCCAAAAGAAAUCCCUCUACCAGCGCUACCAAGACCAGAAGCGCGGCCCGGGUCUCAGCGACGAGGACAUCAAAAAGUACACGGGCAUGAACCGCGACGAGCUCAAUACCUGGGCCGAGACGCAGCCCGGCGUGGGCAAGAACCAGCUCGCCGGGCGUGCGGCCGGUCCCGCAUCGGGGCUGGGCGGCGUGGCAGCUGCCGACGGACUCGGGGGAUGGGGCCCGAGUACGGAGCCGAAUGAUGGGAAGCGGGGGAUGAAGUUUCCGCCAGAGAAGCCAAAGGCAAAGGAACUUGACGAGGAUGAGUCCGACUAA